UCUCCUCGCAGCUUCUUCCCCGCAUGCAAACAUCCAGGAGCCAGCCGUGUGAAAUAUGCGUUAUACAUGAACAUCUGAAUACAAAUACAAGCAUUUUUUACUUACCAGUCUUCAAGGGGAGUAACAAUCUGACCGUGAAUCUGCAUUAAAUCCCGAUAGUGCACAGUAGAUGCUCAUUCACUCACCAUGGCAACAGAGGACAAGAAACCAGAGACCGACACAAAACCUCCAGUGGUGCCAUCAUCAUCUUCCAGUCAAAGCAAGUCUGCUCCUGCCAAGCCUAACUACAGCCUGAAAUUCACGUUAGCCGGCCACACUAAAGCUGUCUCCUCUGUCAAAUUCAGUCCAAGUGGAGAAUGGCUUGCCAGUUCGUCUGCCGAUAAACUCAUCAAAAUCUGGGGAGCGUAUGACGGCAAGUUUGAGAAAACUAUAUCUGGGCACAAACUCGGCAUAUCUGACGUGGCCUGGUCCUCGGACUCCAACCUCCUGGUGUCCGCAUCUGAUGACAAAACCCUGAAAAUCUGGGACGUCAGCUCGGGGAAAUGCUUAAAAACUCUAAAAGGUCACAGCAACUAUGUCUUCUGCUGCAACUUCAACCCCCAGUCCAAUCUUAUCGUGUCAGGAUCGUUUGAUGAGAGUGUAAGGAUAUGGGACGUGAAGACUGGGAAAUGUUUGAAAACUUUGCCUGCUCAUUCAGACCCUGUCUCUGCUGUUCAUUUCAACAGAGACGGCUCCCUGAUUGUGUCCAGUAGCUAUGACGGACUUUGCCGAAUCUGGGACACAGCAUCGGGGCAGUGUUUAAAGACACUCAUAGAUGACGACAACCCUCCUGUGUCAUUUGUGAAGUUCUCCCCCAAUGGGAAAUACAUCCUGGCUGCUACACUGGAUAACACACUGAAGUUGUGGGACUACAGCAAAGGAAAGUGCUUGAAAACAUACACCGGCCAUAAAAAUGAGAAGUACUGCAUAUUUGCAAAUUUCUCAGUCACCGGCGGAAAGUGGAUCGUGUCGGGCUCAGAGGACAACAUGGUGUAUAUCUGGAACCUGCAGACGAAGGAGAUCGUGCAGAAACUGCAGGGCCACACAGACGUCGUCAUUUCGACCGCCUGCCACCCGACAGAGAACAUCAUCGCGUCUGCGGCUUUAGAAAACGACAAAACCAUCAAGCUAUGGCGAAGCGACUGCUAAGCCCUCCCACCCCCCUCCCUUUUUGGAUCUGUUGGGCCAUUCAUAUUUCUUUUUUUCUUCUUUUUUUAUAAAUAUUUUUUUCUACGUUUUUGUUGUAAGAAAAUCAGACUUUUUUUCUAACAGAGAGCUCCUGCUGGAUGCAGAGGGCUUUCAGGUAAUGAAAUUCAGCAAUGAAGAACCAAAAUAAGAUACAUCAGCUCUACAGUGGACUCGCAUCCAAAAUAUCCCCAUCUGUCUUCAAACGCAUCACCAGAUUGUGUUGUCUCGUUUGGUUAAUGGAUGACUUUUGUUCCACUCACUUGUUAAUGUCAGUUAUGGUGCUUCAGUAUUUUUUUUUGUAACACUGCAUUAACCCUUUUAUGUCACUGCUUCACUUCAAACCGGCUUCCACAUGUGCAUUUAUGAUCCUGUACAAUAAAUCUAAUGGUUAUUUGGCCUUACUACAGUUUUUAUUUGCCUUUUAAUUUGCCUGUGUAAUUGUAUAGUACCGUCUUAAUGACUUCAAGGUGGAGAGAUGACUAUAACAACAGGUACCCAAGGAUCCCUCCUGUUCUAUUAUUUAUUAAAAUGGUACCACUAUUUUUUUCUCCUUAAUAUUAAAUGUCAGAGCUCAAGUAAGUGCAGUGUGCCGUAACAACAAGAUAUACUUUCCAAUUUUGUAAGUUCCGUGCUCAUUAAAUCAAGAUUCACGAUGUCACAGAUAAUAGUUUGAUAGUCAAAAAUUAACUAAAUGUCAGUACUUUAUCUACCAGAGCAUUGAAUUAAAAGUCCACCUAAUUAAUUUUUUUUUUUUUUUUACAUUUUCCAGCUUACAACAGUGACCAAAUGCAGUUUCUUUGUGUUUUAGUAUUUGUACAUAUGACAUUGACAUGUAUCGUGAUUUAUUUUAGCUGUUUUUUUUAAUGUUCUGCUUGUUUAGCUCAUAGUUCUGCACAUAAAGCCAGCAGCAUCUGUUCUUUCUGUAGUUAACCUGGGUUUUAUGGACUAUAUGUUUGCAUUGGAGAACUAUAACCUGCAACUUAAUAAAACCAGUUUUUUGUAUGUUUCA